AUGGACGGUCCAAGCCUUGUCACACACGAGGAUCGUGUCGGAAACUGGCCAAUCGAGCUAUGCUACCACAUUGAAAACUGCCUAGGUCACCGGAUGAGUGAGGCAGCAGAUACAGACUACAUCGAUUUUCACGACUUGAUGAAGGAAAGAGCCAAAGCCAAGGCACAUCGUGAACACGAGGCCGUGAGUUUGGAAGAGAGAGUUUGCGAUAUCUUCCGACGAAGCUACGGAGAGGGGAAUACCGGUUUGACGAAGUGUCUCUUCUGUCCCAGGGAGGGGCCGGCUUUGGGAAUGGUAGACGAACGCGUGGUGCAUGCUAUCAAGAAUGGAGAUUUGGAAAGUCUCCGCGCCUUUCUCGAUCAUCCCACCAAGGACAGGAACAAAGGGUACCUGGAGGGUGGAUGCAGCGCCAACAGCCUUUCGUGGUCUGGAUUUCCAUUGAUCACGCUGGCUGUCCUGCAUUCGCAGCAGGCGUGUAUCGAUAUUUUGCUCGACUAUGGUGCUGAUGUCAACAAACGGAGCUGGUGGAACGACGGCCUUCCCCUCGACUACAUCAUCCCUUACUGGGCAGGAAACACCCACUUUACAGGCGCGGACAUCUUGUGGGUCAUGCUUACCAGCGAAGCACGCUUCACCUAUAUGAAUGCCUUUAAUAGUCUCUGCGCCAUUCCCGAGCGUAUGCACGCGUUGAGGGCGGCCGUCGCGCAUGGGACAAAUCUCCGAGCCCUAAGGGGCAAUGACGGCAUGACUGUGCUCCAGGCGGUCUACAAGGAUUUUGUAUACUUUGAGGAUAUCGUGGAGUAUGUGGAAGAAGCGGUGCCUGAUUUGAUGUACCUCAAGGACUUGCGAGGCAGGUCUGUCAUGUGGUAUGUCGCCUGCAGUGGCAAUGGAGAAAAGGCCCGGGAGAUCCUCACAAUGCAUCGAGCCAUUCAAGUGGAAGGCUGGGAGAAAGAGAUGUUUGUGGCUUCUAUCGCUACUGGCAAUGUCUAUGCAGCCAAAUAUUGCCUCGAGAACGAGAACUUCCCCAUCAAGGAAUUCCAUGAGAAUUGUGAGUUCAAGGAUUCGCCUCUGGGCAUGGCUCUGUUGGGUGGCCAUGGCGGGAUCAUGAGGCUCCUGCUCAACCAUCCUGAAUUUAUUGUCCCCGAGGCAUCCAAACGGGAUGCUCUCGAGUAUGCCUCCACAGACGUGUGGGCUUAUCAGUACAUCAACCGCUUGAGGCGUCUGCGAACCGAGGAUGCUUGA